AUGGAGGAUCUACUCAAGACAGUCUCGGCCGACGGCUCGUCCGUCAUGCCCCGCCUCGCACCGCACCUGAGCCGACACCUCCUCUUCCCGCUCAUCCAGUUCGAAGGCGACCAGGCCGAGGAGAAGGGCGACGACGCCACGGCCCACAAGAUCGCCGAGGGCAAGAUUAAGCUCCUCGAAGACACCAAUAUGACCGACUACGUCGCCAGCCUGUACUGCGAUCUCCACGACGUCAAGGAGGCCCCCGCUGAGUAUAACAAGAAGAGGCAGGAGGUCCUGGCUGAGCUCGAGAGGCACGAGCAGGCCACCGAGACCAUUGCCAACCUCCUCACCCAAGACGAGGUUGUCAACGGCCUCAGGAGCGACAAGGUGGCCAACUUGGAGUUUCUCAAGAACCAGCACGGGGUCACCAUGGAAAUGGUCAAUGCCCUGUACGACUUUGGACAGUUCCAGUUCCGAUGCGGCCAGUACGGAAGCGCGGCCGACAUGCUGUAUCAGUUCCGCGUUCUCUCGACCGACAACGACAAGGUGUCAGCGGCCACGUGGGGAAAGCUGGCAUCGGAGAUUCUCUCGACCAACUGGGAGUCGGCGGUGGACGAGGUCAAGAACGUGCGUGAGGGCAUCGACAGCAAGCUGUUUAACAACCCGCGUGCGCAGCUGGACCACCGCACAAUGCUGAUCCACUGGUCACUCUUCCCCCUCUUCAACUCUGAGCUGGCGCGCGAACCGAUACUCGACAUGUUCUUCUCAGCGGCAUACAUCAACACGAUCCAGACGUGGUGCCCGUGGGUGCUGCGCUACUUGAUCGCCGCUGUCAUCACCGGCCGUGGGCGCGCGCGUAACUCGUCGCUCCAGCAGAAGCAGCUCAAGGAUGUGGUGCGCUACGUCCGUCAGGAGGCCUACGAGUACACGGACCCGCUCACCCAGUUCGUUAACGCCUUGUACAUUGCGCACGACUUCAACGCCGCGCGCGAGGCCCUCGCCGAGGCCGAGAAGGUCUGCCGUUCCGACUUCUUCCUGUCUGGGUCCACCGAAGCCUUCGUCGACGCCGCUCGCCACCUCAUCUGCGAGUCGUACUGCAAGAUCUUCUCCCGCAUGAACAUGCGUGAUCUGUCUGCCAAGCUCGGCCUCAACCCCGACGACGGCGAGAAGUGGAUCGUCAACCUGAUCCGCGAGACCCGUCUCGAUGCCAAGAUUGACUCCCAGGAUGGCACUGUCAUAAUGAACCACCCUCCCAACAACGUCUACCAGCAGGUCAUUGAAAAGACAAAGGGCAGUUUCUUCCGCACCCAGGUUCUCAACUCUGCCAUUUCCAGGUCGUGA